CAGAGACAGCGUGACGUGGUGGGAGACCGUACUGCCACCAAGCCUAGAGCUGCCUUUCACAUCAAACACACAACUCACAGCUCUACCGCCUGUUCAUCUUACUCCUCCCCCGCUGCCUUCACCCUUCUAGCCCUCUUGCACACAACACAGCGACAGCACAGAGCAGAGUGACAGAGGCGGCUGAAUGAGGAGUGCGAGAAGAGGAAAAUGGAAACCAAAAAAAAAGGAGGAGAGAGCAGCACAUGGGGGGGAGGGACGUUAACAUGAGAGCAUGUGAAUCAAAGAGGAAGAGGAAUAGAGAAAACAAGAAUCAGCACGCAAAUAGAGGAAAUGCAGAGUCAACGGAGUGAUGCAAGGCAUCGUCCAGAGAUGAUCCUCAUCUAUCCACUGCUGCUUUGAUAUACACAAUACGACAAGCAAGGGCAGUGAAAGCUCCGGCGGCUGCAGCUAACUGUUCAACCACUGACUCUCUGCUCCCUUUGGCCAGAGGCAGCACCGUUAGCAUUAAGCCUCUGGGGACAAUGCGCCAAGGCAGAUGGAGAGACUGCAACACUGGAGCUCUGACACAUGUCCUACCCACGCACACGCACAGAGACACACUUGUGCAUGCAUGUGGUAGACGGCUACGAGUGUCUGGAAGAGGACUACAUUUUCUGGUCAUUUUGAGUAACUGCUACAUGUGGGUUAAAAGAAGAGGAUGACUUGUCACUCGCUGUAGAGGAACUAAAUGAGGACCUUAGUCGUCAAGCCGUAGCUGGAUGUGAUUGUGAUCUGGCUAUGGGCACAGUGGGAGCAUUGAACAACAGGGCGAUCAGUGUGUGAGGAUCGUCAUUCAUCACAUUCAGAAACGAUGGAUGCCAGAAAGAGUCGAGUACUUAGAUUAAAGAGGGAGACAAACCAAAGACAAAAAGCCCUCCAGAACCACAACUUCAUAAUACGACCACUUCAUUUGUGUUACGGAUCUUCACACCAGAGGACUGCUGGAAACUAUCGUCAAAACCUUAACCAACAAUAACAUUUUUAUAUCAGGGAUCUUACCUCUUUGGGAGCUCUAACAUAGACAACAGUGACAUUUUAUCAUCUUUAUCAAACGUCAAACGUAGCAAACAGCUGCUGAUCUAAACAUUGAGCAGUUAUGGAGCAUUAUAUUUUCCUUCAUUUGAAGUCAUGUUUCUGGAAAUAUCUGGCUGCUAAAUGCUCCACUACGUUCUCCAGCUGGUGCAGGUCACAGUCCGUUAUUAGAGCUUUUUUUAAACUAUAAAACAGCUGCCUGAUGAGGGCUGUGAGAGUGAACCAAAAGAGUAAAGGCUUCUGGAUUUUAUUAAAAUCAACUUUAAGAACACUGAGGAAGAUUAACUUUAAUAUUAGCUUCAGAUGAACUAAAUCAGGAGGACCAGUCUACACAUUGCUGACUUGUCCAUUAGGAAAUGUACAAAUUGAUCGUGGGUAUUUUUGUCGCAGUCUCAGAAGCGUAUCUUGUUGCUCAAAUAUGUCCUCUCCUCUGUCUCCUAGGCAAUCACAAGACGUGCGACAAUAGAGCAGCACCGCACCGUACAGCUGGCUUGUCAGACAACAACAUCAUUUAAAUUUGCCUCCGCCGACUUGCGAGUGACCUGCCUAAACCAUGCAGUGGAGACGACGCCACUGCUGUACACACACAGCUAACUUUCUCUAUCUCCUCUCACUGUUGGGUCUCCUGGUCUUUCUGGUCCACCUGCAUAAGCUCACAGGUAUGCCAUGGUGGAGAGGCCACCCUGUGGUGUACGGAGGUGAACAUCAUACCACCAAAGCCAAAUUAAACACAAGCGCCUCAGCAUGGAGAUUUGUCAUUGUUCCUCUGCUGACUUCCAGGGUCGAUGCGAACAUCAGCUCCCCUGAGGAGGAGGGCGUCUCCUCUCCUCGAGGACACUCACGUUUUGAGAACACUCUGGCAGGCAACACUAGCCAUAGUGUAGAGGGAGAUCUUAGUGGCACUAUAACCCAAGGGCCUUUCACUUAUAUCAUCAACGAGCCAGCCAAAUGUGCAGACAGCAGACCUGCGCCAUUUCUGGUGUUGCUGAUAGCCACUGAGGCUCGGCAGGUGGAGGCAAGAAAUGCAAUAAGGCAGACAUGGGGUAACGAGAGCGUGGCUCCGGCUCUGGGCUUCAUCCGGCUCUUUCUGCUUGGGAAAAAUGAAGGAGAGCUGGGACUUUUACAGCAAAGGAUGCUGGAAGCAGAGAGCCGGAGGUAUCAUGAUAUCAUUCAGCAGGACUUUUUGGAUACCUACAAAAACCUGACCUUUAAGACAUUGAUGGGAAUUAACUGGGUGGCAAUUCACUGCCCACAAGCCGGCUAUGUCAUGAAGACAGACAGCGACAUGUUCGUCAACACAGAGAACCUCAUUUACAAGCUGCUCAGGCCAGAACAGCAGCUUAAAAAGAACUACUUCACAGGCAACAACAUGAGGGACUUCGCACCAAACCGAAACACAAACAGCAAGUGGUACAUGUCCCCUGAGUUGUACCCAGGUGAGAAGUAUCCCACCUUCUGCUCUGGGACUGGGUACGUCUUCUCCGGAGACUUGGCCAUGAAACUCUAUCGCGCAUCUCUAAGGAUCCGCAUCCUGCAUCUGGAGGACGUGUUUGUGGGAGUAUGUCUGGCCAAUCUCCGGAUCGAGCCGACUCCUCCGCCAAAUGAGUUCCUAUUCAACCACUGGCGGGUGUCUUAUUCCAGCUGCAAGUACAGCCAUCUGAUAACAUCACAUGGGUUUCAUCCCAAUGAACUACUUAAAUACUGGAAUCACCUGCAGAGCAACAAACACAACGCCUGCAUCAACAGAUCGAGAGCGGGCAGGCCACACGUCAACAGAACGAAUAAGAGAACAGCUCAAUAACUGCAAAAGUUAUCAUUAAACUCUCCUCGUUAGAUACACUAAUGAUUUAUAGCCCAUUCUGUUCUUGGCAUCGAGGGAUUACUCCACACUGGUAACACAAAUGAUGUAUAACUGUUCUGUAAAACCUGGUGAAGUGCUCGAUAAUGAUUGCCAAUUUUGUACAAAAGAGAUGAAAACUGUUUACAUGUCAAACCACUGGAGGGUUUAUGUACACAGUUAUAUUUUAACAAUAGAACAAGCUGUGCGUUACUGUGGUCCACAAGCUAUUAUAAUAAGCUAUUGUAAUUAUAUACAUAUUUUGUUUGUUUUUUUGUGUGUUUGAUAUAUGCCGCAUUACAGAUAAAGGCUACUGGAAAAUUAGAGUGGAAAGGGUACAGUGCAAAUAAAUGUUUCCACAUGUUUA